AUGGUGAGAACACGUAAAAAGUCGGCAAUGAGCGAGAGCGAGGACGAAGUCGCUACUGCUCCUGCUCGUAGAUCAAGCCGUCGUUCUAGCAGAUCCACUACCAAGGUUCUUUAUGAGGAAGACGAUAUUGAUCCCGAGGCUUUGCAAGCGGUCUUAGAAGCAUCGGAAGCUGGUGAUGGAGCGGAGGCACCUGUGGAGACGAAGCCGAAGAGAGGGAGGAAACCAAAGUCAGCGGGAACAACUCCAGUGAAGGCGGCACCGAAAAAACGUGGGCGAAAAAGCAAUGCGCAGAAAAAGGCGGAAGCAGAGGCUGAAGAGGCGGCUCUCUUGGCAAAUAUUCAAGAAGAACCUGAGCCAGAAGAAGCGAAGGCCGUUGAGGCUGUUGCCAAAGAGCCUGAGAGCGCCUCGGAAGCCGUACCGAGUGACCAGAAUGGUAAGUCGGGUCAAGUCAUUUCCUCUGCUGCCGAACCAGACACACUAGCAGAUGAUCAAAAUGAACCUAAGGAAACAGAGCCUACUCCAGACGUUUCAAAAGACCCCGAGCCAGAGUCCUUGCCAGAGCCAGAGCCUGAGCCUGAGCCCACACAAGAAGAAGAGAAGGAGGCAGUUCCAGAGCCCGAGAAAGUGGAAGAAGCAGAUCCAGAAAAGGCAGACGAGCCCUUUGAGAUGGUGGAAAAGGAAGAUCUUCCGGAAGAAGAGCCGAUUGAAAAGGUAGAUGCACCUGUUGGGGAGGAGGAAAAAAUGUCAACGGAGGAUGCUGAGGAAGGAAAAACCGAUGAGGCCGAAAAGAAAGAAGAAAAUGGCGACUUGCCUGAUUUCGAAGACGAGGAAGAAGAGGAGCAAAAUGCUGAUGCUCUCCAGCUCGAUGCUAACGUUGAAGAAGACGAUGAUCUCAACAAGACCGUCGAUAUCCCGAAAGUAGAUGCAAGCCGAAAACGAGAAGCAUCUGCUGAAGUGAAAAAGCAGAGAAGUCCAUCACCUCCAAGGAAGAGGGAGUCGUUAAAUCGAACUGGCUCUCGUAGAGAGAAAAUAAGAGCUCCCUCUCCACCACCAGGCGAAGAAUCGCAAGUUGUCCAUAUCACCAACUUGGUGCGACCAUUCACUAAUAAACAGUUGCUCGAGUAUUUGAAAGAAGCGGGUGAAUUUGAUGAAGAAUCAUUUUGGAUUGAUAGGAUCAAGUCAAACUGCCUUGUAAAGUAUAACACCUUGGAAUCUGCUGUAAACUGCCGAAAAUUGAUUCAUGGAAAGAACUGGCCAUCAUCUAAUCCAAAAGAAUUAAGAGUUGUCUACUCAACCGAGGAAAAAUUAAAAGCAGCUAAAGAGAACGGAACUGUGAGUAGUCAGAAUACAAAUGGGCGUCAAAGAUCCCCUGUUCGUCGAUUUGGAGGCAUGCGAAGCGAACAUGAAUUUGAGCGAGAUCGAAAGACUGGUCGGGAUCGCCGUAGCCCAGUAAGAGCUCCUAGAGCGAAAACAGAGAGUCCGGUGCAGUCGGAAGAGUCAGAAGGCGAAGGGGGUAUUUCGUUGGAUGAGCUUUUCAAAAAGACCAAGGCGACUCCGAGUUUGUACUGGCUUCCUUUGACUGAAGACGAAGUCAUUGCUCGAGACAAGGCCAGAGAGGAACGAAGAAAAGCCCGCGAAGAGCGAAGGAAACUAAGCGACGACAAAUCAAGAGCUGAAAGACGGCGUAGCAACUCAAGAGAUCGACCUUCACGGCGAUCCCGCUCACGCAAGCGGUCCGUCUCACGCAGCAGGAAAUCAGUGUCCCGAAGACGAUCCUUCUCUCGAAAGCGAUCAGGCUCGCGUUAA